AUGUCGUUUGGUGGUAAGAAAUUUCGGUCGAGGAGACAGCAAUUAGCGUACGAGGCAUCUUUGGCAGGCCGGUACCAGAAACUGAUGAAGAAGAAUCCGUUCCUGUAUUUUGGAGUGCCCUUCUGUGGGAUGAUAGUGCUGGGAUCUUACUGGCUUGCAGGAUUUACAGAGGUCAAGUAUGAGCGUGAAGACAGGAGGAUCAAUGAAAUGAACGAGGAGGAUCUGUUGAAGAUAAAGAAAAACCAAAGGAAGUUCGACAUCAAGGACGAAUACUAUCGCUUGCAAGGGCUAGCGGAGGAAGAUUGGGAACCAAUACGUGUUACAAGAUUGGAAGGUGAGUCCGAGAACGUGUGGGAUACAAGCCCGAAGAGUUGA